AUGCCUGAGGACUGUGUACAAAGGAUCAUCAAGGUAGGAAAGAAAAGUCUACCAUCCGUUCUAACCAAAGGAAUGGAGAUAGAUGUCAAUUAUGCCAUAAUCACUGAAGAUGAUUGGAGAAGUCCCAUCAUAAAUUACUUGCAGUAUCCAACCUUACCUUCUAAGAAGAGAGUCAGAAUCAUGGCUUUGAACUACCUUAUGUGGAAUGGAGAUUUGGUCCGAAAAAGCAAAGAUGAGGUACUUCUAAGGUGCUUGGGGAAGAAAGAAUGGAUGAAGGUCAUGGGAGAAACCCAUGAAGGAAUCUAUGGAGCUCAUCAAGGAGGAAAAAAAAUGUGA